AUGGGCGUGACUGGAUGUGUGAUCGUUGGAAUGGGCGUAGAUUUGGGGAUAUACCAAAUUUUCAGAGAUUUGGGGCUAGACCCUGUUAAGCAUAUGCGUAUUAAGGGUAGUCUAGUCAAGUUGACCGACUCCCGCACUAUUGACACUCCUCUCGAACUUAAUGUGCACUAUACUUCCACUGACAGUGUCCCUUUGCCUAAUCCUACCUUAUAUCAGAUUCUAGUGGGCAGCCUUGUCUAUCUUAACAUUACUCGGCCCAAUAUUGCCUAUGUUGUUCAUAUUGUCAGUCAAUUUGUUUCUACCCCGACUACUGUUCAUUGGGCUGCUGUUCUUCUUAUUUUGCGCUACCUUCGUGGGUCCUUGCAUCAGAGUUUAUUGUUCUCUGCUACUUCUUCUUUAGAUCUUCAUGCUUUUUCUGAUGCUGAUUGGGCUAGUGAUGCUAUGGACCGUAAGUCUGCUACGGGCUUUUGUGUUGUUCUGGGUAGUUCUCUUAUUUCUUGGAAGAGCAAAAAGUAA